UGCAACAUGCCAUCGCCAAAAAUAGAAUGUCCCCCUGGGGUUUUCAAUAAUGGGAGACAGCAGUGCAGUUUAACGAGUGCAGUGCGACUUUUACAAUGCAAUUGUAUCAUCAUCAUGGCUUGGCUUCGCGAACGAAGAUCUAGGAAGGACAUCCACGUCUUCUGCAAGCGCGCUGGUGGCUGACGAGGCCUAUGCGGGACAAGCAGGUCCUGCCACAGCGGCUGCAAGUAUAGGUCUGAUCUGGGAUGGGUGCUGAGGGAUCCAUGGUUCUUCCUCCUUCUCCUUUUCUCCUCCAUACGGGCCCUGCGGGUAUCUUCGAAGAAGGAGGUGGCCUGGUGGACUGUGUGCCGCCAGGAGUUUCGAUCAGCUGCUUGUGUUGCCCACUGACGGUGAUCGAUGCAGCAAGCAGUGAGGGACUUCUUCAGGGAGUCUUUGUAUCGCUUUCGUGGUGCCCCUAUGUUGCGAUGGCCAGAGGACAGUUCCCCAUACAUCACAAUCUUAGGUAAGCGGUGGUUCUCCAUCCUGGCGAAUUGCCCUGCCCAACGAAGCUGUAUCUUGAGGACCAUGGCCUCGAUGCUGAUGACCUCCGCUGACUCGAGGACUUCAGUGUUGGCGACGAAGUCACUCCAGUGAAUAUUGAAGAUUGUGCGGAGGCAGCGCUGAUGGAAACGCUCGAGGAGACUCAGGUGACGACGAUCUUGAUGUGAACGAUCACGAGGUGCAGCAGGCCAACGUGCAGGGCUUUGUGGGCUGGCUGUCUCGUGUUCAGUUUAACUCUGCUGCUCCACUCAAGGCUGCCCUGAGGCAGCGAUCGCUGGACUCCUCUUCGCCUGCUCCCUUCGCCUCCCCAGUGUUUGUGCAAGGGUGGCUGGUGGAGUCCACCUGCAUGGCAUUACCCAUGACCACCGUGCCCCCCACCACUAGCACGGACCUCUGGUCUCUGCCGGUGACAACUUCAUUUGUGUCAGGAGGAGAUGGGAAACCCCAGAGCAGCCCCAUCAGCAGCAACACGGCCAUUGUUGGUGGAGUCAUUGCCAUGUCCAUCCUGGUGAUCCUGUGCAUGCUCGUGGGCAUCGGCCGGUACCUGUUUCACCACAAAGGCACCUAUCGCACAAACGAAGCCAAAGGCCUGGAGGCUGCCUCUGCAACGCUGCAGAGUGAAGACUCCAAUUUCCCGGAGAGCCUCGAUGAGAGUAGGAAGGAGUACCUAAUUUGACGAACACUGACUCUCAUUCUAGAUUUGAAGUUUUCGUGACUGCUAGGAUCCAUACUCUUUGGUUCUUUCGAUAAAGUCACAUAGGUAAAAAUAAAAUAAAAUAUAAAAUAAAAAUAACUAAAUCACGACCUUUCGGAAGGCAACACAAGCUUCAGUCAUCAGGUGGGACAACCACAGAAUUUUUUUUUUACUGUAGUGGGCAGAGAGAGGAUGUUAUUAAUAUGAUAAUAUCCUAAUUGCCUCGGGGCUACAGUAAAUAACAGCUGAACCCCCACCCCCGACUCGAUACGGCACCCCCCCCCCCUGCAUCCCUCCUCCCUGGCUCUUACCCGAAAUAAUCACUUGUCACAUACAGCUCUCUCUGCUCACUACAGUAAAAAAAAUUGUUGUGGUUGUCCCACCUGAUGACGAAAGCUUGUGUUGCCUUCGAAACGUCGUGAUUUAGUUAUUUUUUAUUUUAUUUUUACCUACGUGACUUUACCGAAAGAACCAGAGUACUGACUCUCAUUCAACUUCUCCCCUUCCACCAACUGUAUUGUCCCUAUGAUGGCUUUCGUGUCACCCACUCAACCACAUGCAGUUUCCCUUCUCUCUUGACACUCUGCACUCUGCACCUCCAUCUCCGUGGCAUUCUUUUCCCUUUGCUAAGGAUAUUAACUGUGUAUUAAAAUGAAGUGCUAUUGUGCUUUUCUCAUGAGAUUUUGAGCAAAUGUUUACUGUAAUUUCUGAAAUGUCCCCAAAUGCAUUUUGUUAUUAUAAUGUUAUCUAGUAAUAAAUAAACAAUAUUUGUUCAUCAGACAUUGCACACAUUGUUUUUGCAUAUCACAGAUAAUCACAGAUCCACCAGAACAUGAAAACAUUUUCGCUUGCUUCAUAUAUGUGUAUCACUUAAAGGCCUCAAUAAAAAAUCAGACAUUUUGCUCCUGUUGUACCAAUACCACGAAACCGAUUUUCCUCUAUAAGAUGCCAUCAUCACCGUUGGAAGUUGUAGAUCUAUAUCCACAAAAUGAUAGUUUGUAAUGUGUAACCUUAAAAGUGUUACGUUCGAGGAUCCUUUUAACUUGCGUAUAAAGUAUAUAUUUUAAUCUCAAAUAGGUCAUAACAAGGUUCAUACAAUCAAAAAUAAUAUUUUAGCUACUAAAGGUUGUAGAAUAACUUGUUUUGUGUGUUUAAUCACGAUUUAUUUUUAAUCACACACCAACCUAAUCUGGUUUAUGCCAAUCUAUUUUUACAUCCAUUGCAUUCAAUAUAUGAAGUAAGAUUUGUAUUAUGCAGAAAUUAGGUUUAUUUUGACCAUUCACCUCACCUCUUCCUGUAAUAUUACUGCACAAGCAGCAGAUAUUCAUGGUGAACACAGAUCAGGUAUUCAUGGUGAAUACAGAUUUUGUCGAAAAUAUGGGUGAGAAAAAUUGCCAUUUUAACGAAGUCUUGGGUCUGGUUAUAAUUUUUAUUACAUGGUUUCUUAUCGUUAAUAUCAGCAACUGCAGAUUCAGGGUUUUAAUUGCAACUAAUCGAACAAUAAAACAAUACUUUCCAAAAACAUUGCGAUCACUAAAAUAACUGGACCCAUGACUCAGGAUCUUCGUUGGU